AUGGCAAAAUCAGGCAAAAAUGGCAUGGAAGCUCGUCUGAAUAGUGGAUCUACCUAUGAACGUCGUGCCUGGACACGUAAAGAAGACGAAGCUAUAAUUCGAUUAGUAGACGAGUACGGCACUAAGCGCUGGAGUGUCAUUUCGGAUCACCUGAAUAGUGAAAACCACGGUACCGAACGCACAGGCAAACAAUGUCGCACGAGAUGGCUCAAUCACUUGGAUCCUACGAUUAAGAAGGACCCUUGGACGGCAGAAGAAGAACAAAUUAUUGAAGAUGCCCAGACACGGCUUGGCAACAAGUGGGCUGAAAUCUCAAAACUUUUGCCUGGAAGAACGGACAAUGCUAUAAAGAAUCACUGGUACUCGUCCAUGAGACGGACUAUGCGUCGCAUGGCUAAACAACAGAACAAAACAAUGGGCCAAAAUUUAAGAGGCAAUGGAAGCAAUAACAAGGUGGCACAAUUCCAUAUCAAUUCGACGCCAGGCAAUAAUGUGUCCAUGAUGGAAAUUGCGCGAGAUACGAUGCAUACUGGAACUACUUUUCGUCAUCAGACUCAAGGAAUAUCAUCGACACAGACAUCCGUGUACAAAAACUGCUACAAUGCUCUGAUUAAACAAACCGAGGAUGGGGAAGGCAGUCCGUUGAAAAACGGAAACAAGAAACUCAAUUCGAAGCGGAAACGUAAAGAUCUACGUAUUUGUACGGGUAGCGUAUCUCUUGUUGAAAGCAAUGACAUGUUCUUGCCAGAUACUCCUCGUCGUGUGUUGCACACUCAGCUGCUGCUACAGCUUUUGAACACAGGAGAUGAAGAUUUUGGAGGUGCCAUCAUCGCUGUUGCAAGUGCAACAAAUAAGAGCAAGAAACGUCAUGUUCAGGGCAAGAAAAAUGGUGGUGGUAGUGCUGGAUUAGGCGAAUUUAGAGGCGAGUAUGCAUUCACCGACAUGGAUGGCUCCUUUCACGCAUUUGAGCAUCUUGAUAUCGACUUCAAUGAGCAAGUCUUCAACAUGCCAACACCUCAAGGGCUACAGCCGCCACAUAGUUUGCGUCGUUCUCCGCGCUUCAUGUCGCCUCCGCGUUUCAUGAAGGCAGACGGCACGAAGUUUUCGUUCGACGACCUCGACUUCCCUGCUGAGCUGGAUUCGAAUACGCUUGAAUUUGAAAUUUCCAAUGAAAACGGCGGAAUCCUUCGUCGCUCUCCUCGACUGCGCACUGAUGUGUCCGUAGCAUUCCCUCACGCAAACACGCCGACCUUUGGUUUUAGUCGACAGCCAUCACCACACAAGCGUUUGGCCUCACCAACAAUUGAUGUUGCGCUGCAGCAGGAGCUUUUCGACUUUGACCACUCCAUUACGCCUACACUCAAGAGUCCUCAGCUAAAGCAAUGGCUCGAAAACUCACCCAAGAAUUUCAUUGCAUCCGUCUAG